AUGGCCACCGCACCACCCUUAGCAGAAGAGGCUGUAGCAGACGCUCAAACCGCAGAACCUUCGGCUCGAGUUGCAACUCAAGCUCGUGAACAGACACCCGAAGCUUCCAUUGCCGCACCCGAAGGCACUCAGGUGGCUGUAGGCCCACUGGCACAGCGCUCGCUCGUUCCACCCGAAGCCUCGGUGAUUCUUGAGGCACGACCAGGCCUCGCAGCAGCAAAUGUCCUGGUCUGGGAAGACCUACCACAUCCAUUGUCUAUUGACGAGCGUGAGAUGUUGGUACCUCUUCCACAGCUACGCCACGUGCAGGAUGAGGUGGACCACUUUCUCGAAAACGGUCUCCGUCAAACUCAUCCUCUCUACGAGUUAAUCUGCUCCUAUAUCGCAGCCAAAGCUCAGGUCAAGCGUGCGCAACAGAGUGUGACCAAUUCGGCUCGCUUGAUUCAGACGCAUAGCGAACAAUUGUGGAUCAAAGGACAAGACUCCGUCGUAGCCUCAGAUCGUUGUGGUGACAAAGUUCGUCUGUCCGAGACAGUGACCUACGAGACAACCACCUAUGAUCAAGCCGUUCACGCUAGUCUUCGUGACGAUCUACGUUUGUGUCGCAACAUUAUCUUUGACGAGGCGAUGCGCGCUACGUGCGUUUUUGAAAAUUGGGUGUUCUUGGCCAUCAACCUGACAUUGGAUGUUUUGGCCUACUUUGCGCGGCAUCCGGACGACAGCAUCACCAUCGCGGAUGAGCUUCAGGCCUGGCUACGAUAUACCAUGUCAGCCCUGUUGCUGAUUGGCACGAUGGCAGAUCACAGAUUCCUCCUCAAUCACAUCCUUCACUUUCAUGCCGGCCACGCAGAGGCCUUUGCAGACUUGAUACAGCUGCCCCCCGACUUCCUACAAAAUCACACCGCGUUCGAUCAUGCCUUGGCGAUGAUCUGGCUGUUUCUUCAACCCGUUGUCCAGUUUGACGGCGAAGAAGUUGAGUCAAGCCAACGCCUGAGUAGCAGCGGAUCUGACGCUCUGCUACUCGACAGCGACGGUCAUUCGUUGAUGGAUGCCAACGUAGCUCUACUUGUCCAGGACGAGGAAGAUUGCCUGGCGAUUUUGACGCAGCUGCCCAUCAAAAACAUCCUCAACCGCAUCUUUACCGUUUCCGGUUGGUUUCUGUUUGGCUUUCCGGGCUCUGCCAUUCAACCUGAUGCCGUUGCGUGCUGGCCUGUAGGUACCCUGAGCCUGGAAGAGUUUCAGCGCAUUUCUGUUUUGGUGUCCACAUUGAUUCAGAUCCUUGGCAGCGCUUUUCAAGAUCCGUAUCGCAGCCGUCAUCGAUAUUUCGCAAAGUUGAUUGCCCAACUCAUCACCGAGAGCGACCCCCUCCACAACCUGGUCUUGGCUGAUGCAGUGGUUGGCGAGAUUAUUCAUCUCGCAAUUGUCUGUGAGAGUACGCGCACGUCUGCUCUGCGUGAUGGCCGCGAUGCACUCCGCAACAUUUGCGUGCGAUACAGCCCGAUGCUGUCCAACGUUUUGUCACGUGUUGCGGCCUUGAGGGAGGUUGGUGGUCAGAGACCCCUCUACAUUUUCAAGCACUUGCCCUGGAAUUCUUGGGUUCCGACUCGCUCCGACUUGACCAUUCUUCAAGAGUUUUUGGCCAUGCCCAGCACUUCAGUGGCCUUCAACCUGGCCAUCCACGUCUUGUCCGAUCUUGACUUCUCUCAACUGGAUCUACGCGCCAGCUGCACGGCGGAGGAGUCCUGGGGCGCGCCUGAAGGACAGCUUGCUCGUGAUCGCGAGCGCCGUGACUCGCCAAUCCAGGGGUAG